AUGUCUGGAAUCCUUGGUAUCUCACCACGUUUGUUCAGACUGUCUGCAAUCGUGGUACUGCUUCAUGGUAUUGCAGCGGUAUGCACCGAGUAUGUUUUUCAAGUUGAAGGCUUCGCUUUCGGAUUGUUUUAUACAUUUCUGCAAUGUUUCACUUUUGCAGUCCUGGCGCUUCUAAAGUCUGUCGUGUCAGGUGGUCUCCGUUUGAACUCAUGGGCUAUUCGGGGUCCAGUUCUUGCAGGGCUGUCAAUGACCGUCUCGCAUGGUGCUGGCAUUUUAUCCUACUUGGAAGUGAACUACACAACCGCGAUGAUUUUCAAAAGCGCAAAGGUCCCAAGUGUUGUGCUGGGCGGCCGAUGGAUCAACAAGAACCAGACUAUGUCUCACGAGAUGUUCUGGGCAAUUUGCAUGAUGAUUGGGCUGCUUCUCUUUGGCUUGGGUGAUGGCUUGGAAUCAGCGCGAUUCACCGGCUUUGGGCUUGUCUUAAUUGCCAUCAACCUGGCUGGCAGCACCCUCACAGCAAAUCUUCAACAGAAAGUCUUGCAGUCUCCUGUACCUUGCUCAGUUCAAAGUAUGAUGCUGGUGCAAUAUGCAGCAGCUUCUGCUGUUCUCCUCCUUUACAUCGCUAGCACCACAGAGCUGUCGAGCGCCAUAAUUUGGUAUCUCGACAAUUCUUCCGCAUUCUUCUACACAAUGCUGGACAACUUGUUGACAUACAUUGGCUUGGAGGCCGUGAUGCGCAUCACAAAGGAUUUUGAUGCCACCAGAGCUAACGUCGUUUGUUCAGGAAGGAAAGCGAUUACCUUUCUCUUCUCAUAUUGGUUUUUCCCAAAGCCCUUCGGACCAUUUCAUGCGCUUGGCUUGCUGUUGACACUCGUGGGUGGAUGGAACUUGCAGCGAGUGAAGUGGAAUGCUGAAAGUGUUGAGGCAUUACACUCAUUGUGCGACGGUGAAGCAGAUGCGGCAGCUGUGAGUGCGACCAUCACAGCUGCCGGCAAAGGGUCUCGUUGGGAGAUAGCUUUAGCUUUGUAUCAGAGCCAUGAAUUGACACUGCGUUUAGCCGGAGCUGCCCUUGGCGCAUGCGCGGCUGGCCGGCAGUGGCAAGUGGCCCUUAGCCUGCUUCAAGAGAUGCCUCAGCGAACCGUCCAGCCAGAUGCAGCCUGCUUCGGAAUUGUGGCUGGCUCCUGUGAACGUGUGGGUCACCAUUCGUUCUCGUCCAAGCUGCUCGCGGACAUGUGCAAUGUGCCCGAAGCAACAACGCUCGCCAUUGGCUUUACUUUUGCUAUGAGCGAAGCCAAUCGCGCCAACUACUGGGAGCGCUCCCUUCAUUUGUUCAGCAGAGCCUGCCGUUUGCAACUCUCGUUGGACACAACCGCCUUCAGUGCUGCCUUGGCUGCCUGCCAGACAGGAUCCGCCUGGCAUCAGAGCUUAGCGAUCUUGCACAUGCUGCAGGACCAGGUUUGGUCAUCUAGCCCUGGAAGCUUGGUGGUUGCAUACUCUGCGGCCAUUGGUGCCUGUGUGCACCGCGGCCAAUGGGCCUUGGCUCUCCGCUUGCUGGGACGAUGCCAGCAAGAAACAGCACAGUUUAAAGAGGCGCAGCAACCGCUGUUGGUUGCAGUGCAUACUGCCUUAAGUGCAGUGGCGGAGACGUUGCACUGGGAGAAGGCUCUUGAGCUAUUGCCAGAGAUGGCAGAGGCUGAGGGUGCUGCGCGCCUGGCUGUUCAGCGAGCCACCAACGCUGCUGCUUUGGCAUGUGGGCGAAGCGCAGCGUGGCAGAAGGCCUGUGCUCUACUGGAUUUGCCACUGGUGUGCCAGGCUGCGCACGGAGCCCACGCAGCUGCUUCAAAAAGCAUUGGCCAUGCUUUUGCCGCAACAGCCUGCGAGCGCUGCGGUAUGCAAAGUUUGCCACAGCGGCUGCAAGCUGCUGCAGUGGAAUGGACCCAUGCACUUGCCUCCGGGUCCAGCACAAAGCUGGUGGCAGACACAGCGCCUGUGGUGGUGGUUCUGGAAAGCAGUGGCCUUGUGCGCAGCUCUUGUAGGCUCUUUGCUCCGUUCCUGUCAUUGGUGCUUCGAAGACUUCGGAGCCCUAGCAGAGCUCGGGAUCUAGGUCUUGCUGGCCUUGCAGACCUUGGCCUGGUUUCGGCGCGGCUGGUGCCCGGCUCUGAAGUCCCAUCAACGAAUCAACAGUCGAUGCGUAGGACCGUUUGGCAAUGA